UCUAAGUUCGCAGGUUGGAUGGGAAGACUCAGAAGUGUCUGCUGCUGUAUCUGUGACAGACUGUGGGAACUGAAGUAAAGCGACGAACCACGGAGACAGGCACAGCCUCUAGGGGGCCAUGUCUGGCAUCAGCAGUGCUAACAACAGCUGGACCAUCCUCACUCCUGAGGAGACUGUAGCUGAAACCCUGAGGCCUUUAGCAGAGGGGACGGAGCACCAUGAAGAAAGCCUCACAUCUGCUGCAGCAGGUCCUGGGGAGAGCCGGCCUGCAGAGGGUGCGGAGGGUGCAGAGGAGGCAGGGUCAGCGGAGGAGCUCCCUGAGGAGGGCCACCACCUGCUAUCAGAAGACAAAGCAGCAGAGCUAAGUGAAGACACGGGAACAGAGCAGCAACCCCCCGUGCCCGCCGCCGUCACUGAAGCCCCCCCUCCCAGCUCUCUGGAAGUCUCCGACAGCCUUGUUCCUGGCAGUGAUGAACUCAGCCAAUCAGAGGGCCUCCCAGAGGGCCCGGCAGGGGCCAGCCCUGACCCGGACUCUUUUUCUGACUCCUACACCCACAUAACCCCCUCCCCUGAUGAGCCCCCAGCCUCCCUGCUGAGCACAGAGACUCUGGGAGGGGGGGAGUUAAUAGAGGAAGUGGAGAGGCUCGUACAGGAAGAAGCGCUGCACUCGCUGAACGGGGAGGAGCUACAAUAUGAAGGGGAGGAGUCUGACCUCUUCCCAAGAACAGCUGACUUAGGGAAACAGGCAGCUCAAGUACUCAUAGAAUAUAUUGAACCUCUGCAAGGUACAAUAGCCUCUCAUUCGCUCCCUCUCCACUACCCAGACUCCCCCGGGGAUUCAGAGGUGGGUAAGGAGAGACCUGAGAAGACGGGUGAGGAGCCAGAGCCGGAGGUGAGGAGGAGGAGGUCUCUCUUGGCAGCUCUGGAGCGCAUUGGACGGGCGGACGAAGAAGAAGAAGAGUUUCAGCUGCCACGGCGGGACGAUGACAGUGGGUUCUCUGUGAACAAGUGCAUCCUGGGUGCUCUCAUUCUGCUGGGCCUUGGCACCAUCUUUUUAUCAGGUGUCUUCAUGGACCUGGAUGAGGAGAGUGACUAUGGCACAAUGGAGCUGAAAGAUGCAAAAGUACCCGGAAAACAGGAGUGGCUUAAUCUAGAGGUUCCUCCACUCCCAGUUGACGCUGACAGCACAGAGCUUCUAAAUAGAUUAGACGAAGGGAACCAGCAGAUUUCUGUGCUACAAGCCCAACUUCAGGCACAGGGAGAAGAGCUAAAAGUAGCCAAGGGACACGCAGCAGAGGGAGUGAAGGAGCGGCUGCGCAGGGAGGAGGUGGAGGAGGAAAACAGUAGGUUGAAGAAAGAGAUGGCAUCUCUCCCUGUGCUUCAGAAAGAGAACGAGAGGAUGAAGAGAGAGCUGGAGUCUGUCCCUGCCCUACAGAAAGAGCUAGAAACUCUGAGAUCCACUGUGACUGAAUUAAAACUCCCCCCAGCAGCAGCUCCAGCUCCUGUGACGCUCACCACACCGCCCUCUAGUGUCCAACCAGAGGACAGCACACAGGAAGCAGCUGGACCCACAGACAAACAGCUCACAAAGCCUUGGGAGGACCAGAAGGAGACGAAGAAAGAUGUGAAGAAGGAUACACAUGACAUGGGAGAGAAGAAGGAGUGGAACGAUGGGGGCAAAGCAGAAGGGAAGAAUGAGCUCAAAGAUGGGGGCAAAGCAGAAGGGAAGAAGGGAAAACAUGAGCAAGGAAAGUUUGAAAAGGAGAAAGAUAAGGAAGGUAAACUGAAGAAAGCCAGUGAUGAGACAAAACAAUGGAAGGAGAAAGACUUGAAGAAAGAAAAGUCUAGCAGAGGUGAUGAAGGGAAACCAUGGAAGGAUAAGGCAGAGAAGAAAGAGUGGAAAGGAAAGAGUGAGGGGAAAGACUGGAACAAAGGAAAGCAUGAGAAAGUGAAGGAGGGUAAACAGUGGAGCGGGAAGGAAGAGAAGAAGGAUUGGAAGGUAGGAAAAGACCGUGGAGAGAAGAACAAGGGCAAGGAGGAAUGGAAGAAGGGAGGGAGAGAUGGCUCCAAGGAAAGUGGCAAAGGGAAAUGGGAAAAAGAAGAUCGGAAAGAGUGGGUGAAGAAGGAAAGUGACUGGAAAGGAAAGAACAGCAAAGAUCACGGCAAAGGAAAGGGUGAAAAGAAAGAGUGGGAGGAGAGGAAACAUCCAGAGAGGAAGGGGAAGGAGGAGAGGAAACAGUGGAAGGAUGGUCAGGAUGAGAAGGAGUGGAAGAGGAAAGAUGAGAAGAAACAGUGGGAAAAGACGGAAGAGCCGUGGAAGAGAGGAGGGGAGAAAGACAGGAAACACAACGGAGAUCGGAAAAAGGACGCAUCAAGCUCCCAGAAACACAAAUCUAACGGUCACAAAAACCACAAGGAAGAGCCUCUGUGGGCGGACAGGAAGCCCCCUCCCACUCACAGCAGACCCUCCCUGGAUCAGCCCGAGUACUGGGAGCAGCAGAGAGACCGUCUCCAGCAGAACCCCAAAGCCACGCAGCAGUGCAGCUCAGUGGAGACCUGCGCCCAGGCGGAGGGGAUGCUGCCCGUCCCCCUGCCCCAGUUCGAGGCCAUCCUCCAAACCUACCUGUCCAGAGCAGAGGAGGCCGGGGUGGCUGCCUCCAAAACAGACGAGCUCAAAAAGCUAGCCGCCAUGUUCUUCAAGGAGGGAUUCUUCGUCCACGAGCAGACGAGCUUCACGGAGUUCGUGGAGGAUUUGGAAGACAUCUUGGAAGACAUGGUGGAAGGAGAUGAGGACGCAGAGGAAGAGGACAGUGACCUAGAGGACGAAAUGGAGGAGUUCGGAAAAGAAGUCAUAAAGAAGUUUGCAGCGCCCGUGGUGGCUGUAGAGAAAGAGGGGAGGGUCAAAGGGGAGGGGAGGAAGGAGAGAGGACGCGGCUGAUGAUGGGAUGGAUGGAUCUGUCGAAAGUAGCUUGAGAGCAGUCAUGACGGAUGAGAGGGUAUUCAAAGGGAACAUUUGAUAUUGGACCACAAACGCUUACCAGUAUACAUUUAUCAUCCUGUCAGCGUUUUAACAGGACCUUAUUUUACCCUUCUGUUGUCCGAGAAGUUCAACUUAUUAUUAAAUUUCACUGUUUUGGGACGUUUUGUAUUGCCUAUGCACACACAUACACUAGUCCCUGAUAAGGCAGAAGGAGAGUGCAUUUACUUCAUGUUUUGGGAUGGACUUGGAUAGAAGACGAGAGGCUACAGAAACAAGUGUAAUGCAAACAUGACAUAGCCUUCGCGUGCUCUUUCUUAAAAAAAAACUCACUUCUCUUUUUUAUUUGUGGCUGCAGCUAAUGUUGAAUAUCCGUUGGUGUGAAAGUUAUUUCUACUCCUUCACUUAUGGGAAAUCAAAUCUGUUAGAUUAGCGUUGAUACUCCUCCUCAUUGACAGCUGCUGUUUAGUCUUAUCACACAACACACCUCUGCACUGAUGUCCUGUUCACUGAACUUACAUGCCCUCUUUGUUUGUAUUGCUUUAGCUUUGCACUUCAUAUUAGAUUAUAUUCAAACCAUCCGUUUUUAGAAAGGGUGGCAUGAACUGCUGAAAACAGUUUAGUGAAUAUUGAAUGUGAAAGUAGAGAAGUCUGUAUUGAUUUAGUUUUGAAUGUUUGUACAUAUUGCAUUAAAUGUGUUUUAAGGACUAUGCAGAAUUACAUAGUGAACUUAUUUAUAGAGUUUGGCAUAAUUUAGAUACAAAUAUCUUUGGUUGGCACAUAAGAUAUCAACAUGUUGAGCUUCUUUUUGUUCAGGUACUGAGCUUAUGUCGUGCACUAAGGUUUCUUAAUUGUUUUAUCUUGAAUUUAGCUUUUCUUGAUAAGGUUGGUUGUAGCACUGAGGUCGUGGGGCAUAGUUUCCCAAAAACGCAUUUAGUACUUGCUAUCUGUUUACACGCUAACUUAUUACAUGUUGCUAAAUCAAAGGUCUAAAGCCACAUAGAGAUCUUCGGAAGGUGUUUGCAGAACCACAUGCUGUGGGCUUUGUGGCAGCAUCGAGAACUUUGUAUGUUAGGAUGUUUUCUAUUUGGCCCUGUUACUGUUGCAAGAGCAGAAUAAUAAAUGUGGCGCAUCGCUGGGAUUUAAAUAA